UCCAUUUCACAUCCCCUCCCUCCCUACUAACGACAUUACAACCUGCCUCCAAACCGCCGCCCAUGCUCGGAGCUCCGCCGAGUGCGUCGAGGCGCUGAGCCGCGGGGGUGUCGCCACCACAGUCGGCUUGAGAAGCGCGCCCGCACCGGGACAACCAGCAUCACCUCCGAGCAGAAGGAGGGAGGGAGAGGAGGAGGAAAAGAGGUGGAGGGCGGUUCGGAAGAAGGAGUGCAGGAAGAAGAGGGAGAAUUCAACACCGCGCGUGUUUUCUUUUUCUUAUUUUUGGGGGGGUGGGGGGCGGCCGUGAGUGGAAAGAAGAAAAAGAAGUGAUCGCCCACCGCGGCCGAGAUGGAAGAGGUGUCGCAAGAGGAGAGGCUCCUGGUUAUUGCGGAGAAAAGGAAGAAGCAGACUGAGAUUGAGAACAAGAGGAGGCAGCUGGACGAUGACAGACGACAACUCCAACAUCUCAAGUCCAAGGCACUGAGGGAACGCUGGUUGUUAGAUGGAGCUCCGGCCGAGGAGGAGACUCAAAAGCGCCUGCAGGAGGAUGAGGUGAAAACCAAAAUUCUGGAGCAGGUCAUUUUCAGACUGGAGCAGGAAAUUGAAGAACUGGAGACAGGCGUGCCAGCCAAUAAGGGUGUGGCUAAAGAAAAUGGAGGAGAGAACGGCGUCUGCCAGACCCCCAAGCGGGAGGUGGCCGGCAUUGAGGCCAAGUUGCUGGGCCCCAGUCCCGACCAAGCAAGCGCCGACAACCCCGUCACGCUGGUCUUCAUGGGCUACAAGACAGUGGAGGAUGAGAAGGACGGACGCCCAGCCACGGAAACCGACGGGGCGGAUGGCAACGUGAAGGCCGAGUUCGUGAUGAUCGAGGAUGGGGAGGCCAAGCUGGCUUCAGGGGACGCAGCCACGGCCGACCAGGCUCCGCCCAACGGAAGCAUGGCGGAAAAGGAGAAGGUCGAAGAUGAGAAGGAGAAAAAACAGCGCUGCAAAUGCUGCGUGGUCAUGUGAGCUGUGUGUGUGGCUGCACGUGUGUGUGCAGGCUUGUGCGCCAAUGCAUGUCUGUUUGUGUACCUUAGCUUUGUGUGUGUGCGCAGAAUGUUUGAAUAAUGCGUGGGUAUGGGUGGUGGUGCGUGCGCACACAUGUGUGUGUUUGUGUGCGUCAGGACUGUACAAUGCCAAUUUACCAACUUCAAGAGCCAAAACAAGCUCCAGCUCCAACAAACAACAACAAAAAAUAACCACAGAGACUCCUAAGUACUCGGCCUACUUUACGCUUGUAUUUGACUUUUGAUUUCUAUUGAUAUUUUUCUAUUUUUCUGUCUAUUGUAUUCAGUGUAUCUUUGUUAUUAUUAUGAUUACGGGACUGUGUACUGUACUGUAUGUUGUUCUUGUUGGAAAGGAAAUAGCUGUUCGCUCUCUGCAUUGUACAGUACACCCCUCAACAGGGGGAAAAACCCGGAAACCUAAAAAAAAAAAAUGUAAGAAAGAAGUCAUUCAUAGUCAAAGCGAGACACAGAUGCUUCAAAAUAUAUAUCUCUGUGUAGGCCUAGUUAACUAUUUAUCAGCCAAUUUCAUAUUGCAAUAUUGUCCAAGAUAUUAUUUUAAAUAGUAUUUUAAUAUAUUGAUAUGAAAUUAUGUUUUAUACAGUGUAUUUAUUUGUUAUUUUGCGAUUCUGUGUGUAAUACAUCAUCGCCACCACCAUAAACUUGCAUGUAAGCUUUGUGUCAUUAACCAGCACCUUUUUUGACUAACUUGCGCACGAUUUACGCUGCAGGUCAAAGUUACCAAUUUAAAGAUUUAUGGUUAUUUUCUUUUGUUUAUAUGGCUGUGUUUAGCUCAAGGAAACACAUGAAGCCACUGACUUCCUGACAUCGAAAUUCUGUGCACAAGUAAAAGUUUUUUCCCCUUUUUCAAUAUUUGUAAAAGCCGCCACUAUAAUUUGACAGUAGUAAAUGAUUUUGACAAAUUAAAAACAUAAUUCUUGGCAUGAAUUAGAAGGUGUCAGCCAUUUGUUUGGAAAGUAAAAUAAACUUAAACCUAGAACUGACUGCUUGUUUUCUCGGGCAGUGUUUUUUUUUUUUUUU